AUGUUUCUCUACUUCUGGCAAUAUCUUUAUAGUAACUACUUCAGAUUUUGGUUGAAAUGGUUUCUAAGACAAAUUUAUGGGAAAUGCGAGUUGCAGCGGAUUUGUGGCCGAUCCAAGGACGGAGCUUUCAGGACCCAUAGGAUAGAAUACUCUUUGGAUCAUUCAAAAAACAAGGUAUUGCGUUGUGCAGCAAAUAUGUCUGAAGAUGAAGUCGACAAAUAUGUAGCCGAUAUAACGCAAGCAAAGAAGGUCAAUGUAGAAAAGGAUAAAAGAUUUCAGAUAAACUUGAGGAUUUGCUUGUUGCAGAUCUCUGGGUAUAAGAAGCUCUUCUUGGAGGCGGAGGAUGUGAGAAAACAGCCGUAUAAUUCUGACAACCCCGAACACGAGCAGCAACUUCUGGAGCUUUGGGACUUGCUUAUGCCACACGAGAAGCUGAAGUCUAGAAUAACUAAACAGUGGGGCGAUAUUGGCUUUCAAGGUGAUGAUCCAAAAACUGAUUUCCGUGGCAUGGGCAUUCUGGGACUGGCAAAUUUACUGUACUUUAGCAGACAUUAUACAGAAGAAUCCCGUGCAAUUCUUUCUCAUUCCAAUCAUCCAAAAAUCGGGUACUCGUACGCGAUCGUUGGCAUCAACCUGACAGAAAUGGCUUACAGUUUACUGAAGAGCGGGGCGCUGAAGUCUCACUUCUACAACAUGGUCCCCGGCUCCCCUGAGAUCAGGUGCUUCCACCAGUUCUUCUGUUAUCUUUCGUAUGAGUUUGACAAGUUCUGGUUUAAGGAAGAGCCGGAGAGCAUUAUGCAUUUCAACCAAUACAGAGAAAAGUUCCACGACCAGAUCAAGCAUCUCCUCAGCAAUGCCGAUGUCGUUCUCACGCUCUAA